CUCUCUCCUUCCCACCUCAUACUUUAUACCCAACACUCCUCGGCCGGUAAUCUCUUCGUCUAUCAGACGCAGGUGGUGAUUUUGCGCUCGUCAGUUCCAUUUCGAGUGGAGUGACCCCACUAAGGAAGAAACCUCCUUUUCCUUGCCUUUGACCAUCAGCAUCCCUUCCAUCUCUUUUUGCCAUUCUCUUCCCCUCUUUCUCGUCAUCAUGGCUUUUGACCUCGUGAUUGAUAAUUUGACUGUGUUUUUUCUCACCGUCUUCGCCGCUCUUCUAAUUUGGCAUCGAUUUUUCUACCAACCCCAACCUCUGGUUCAUCCUCUCUUGCUGGGCAAGCAGAGUGAGGUGUCUUCAGUCAGAAGGGAAGGUGAAACGGGUGUUUAUAGAUCAUGGGCUACUGGACAGGGUACACCGUUAACCGUUCGACCUGCCAGCACUUUGAAGACUGUGCAAGAUGUCGUUCAAGCUCCCAAAGGUGUACCUUCAGUUGUACCCCGCUGCAUUCUGGAUACUUCUCUCACUGAUGAAGCUUUACAAGAGAUCCUACGAUUACUCCCUAUCGGCCUUCAGACUCUUUACCCAACACUGUCUACCUCUCCGACCGCUCCAACUCCAAUACUUACCCUUCUACCCCCAUCACCUACCACAUCACUCCCACUACUCUUACUAUAUCUCUCUUCACCACCCUGCUCCCCCCUGGUCGUUCUUCCCUCCCCUACUCUGCUCACCACAGCCCUCACUGCAACGUGCCAUCCUCGUCCAGGACUGGUAGUGGUCCAUGCUAGCAUCGCAGACGACGUGCUGGAACAAGUGCUCGAGGACUGUCACACUUCAGCCGGAGUGCUCUUGGUGGGUGAUGAGAGAAAGGAAAAGACCGACGUGAUGGGGAGUGCCACUUCAAGAGGAAUGACUGUUCAUUGGUGGGAAGAGAUCUGGGAUGCUGCAGAAGCUAGAAGCAGUACGACGCCUCUUCCUGAUGCACACUUCAGCGACGUGCAUAGCUACUUUUACAAUAUACCCAAAGACGACGCACCUGUGGCCAUAGUCAAAGUCACGCACAUGAAUGUUACGGCUGGAAUCGCCGCCCUGCUGUCUCUCUUUCCUGCAGACAAAAGACCUACGGCAGCAUUAGGUGAUGUGGUGGCCAGUGCCGUCAGACUGGAUACUCCUCUCGGGAUGAGCAUCGCUCUGGCUAGCUUGUGGAGUGCUGCUGGGUUUAGAAUGAUUGGACAUCCCACGCCUACCUGGGAGCCGACUGAAGGUGGAGAGGCAGCGGAAUUGGAGCAAAUUGCGGAUACAACCUCUGGUCUCCCAAAACCGAGCAUCUUAUUCAUCACGUCCGAACACCAUCUAUCAUUGCUCACGGAACUGCAAACAUCUUUUGUGGCACAUCCCCUUUCGGCUUUUGCUGCUCGGCAUCAGACACAGUCAAUUCGGGCGGGACAUGUCUCGCGAGGAGGCUUGCUGGAUCGAUACCUUUUCCGUAAUGUCCGUGAGGGUAUGCUGGGCGGUGUUGCUGGUGAACGUCUUCGUGCUGUCAUCGUCGUUGGCGAUGGACCUCCUGCGGAUUCUUUGGGAAUGUCUCACCUACUUCUCUCUCUUCCUCUCACCAGACUUCAUCCAUCUUUCUACGCCACCGGACCCAUUUUCGUUUCUCACUUCUACGACCUUCAAACGCCCGCGUCCUCCUUGCAGCGGAUGGUGUCAAAAGUAGAGGAUGCAGUGGAGGAACGAGCACAUGUCGGUCCCCCUGCUACCAACAUCGAGGUCAUAUUGAAGGGAGAAGAAGUGCAUUUGAACAGGGAAGAUGGGUAUGCGCUAGAGGGCGAGGUGUUCGUCAGAGGCCCGAGUGUGUUGGAGAGGAUUGAUCCAGCUUCUCCUGGAACCGCGGAAGGAUGGAUGGAUAUCGGAGAGAAGGCCAAAGUCCAGACGAACGGGACAUUUGUCAUGAUGUCUCCUAUUAUGUGAAACGAGCUGUCUUCGACAUUAUGUCUAUUCACGAUCUUAUCCCUUCAUGCCUUUCAAAGGCGUCAAAUUGAUGCUAUACAUAAUGAAUUGAGCAUACCUUCUUG